UCAAAUGUAGCGUUUCCGGGUGCGACAUGUAAUAAGAGGCUGUUAUACACCGAGGCAUCGAUAAAACAUACAAAACAAAUGAUUCCUAUAUGCCCAGUUGUCUCCUUCACCUAUGUGCCCAGCCGGCUCGGUGAAGAUGCUAAAAUGGCUACCGGCAAUUAUUUUGGAUUUACUCAUGGAGCUGCUGCUCAGUACAG